UGUUCCCUUUACUCCACCUUCUCUCUUUCUUUCUCUUGUUAGCCAUCCGGUGAAGGAGUCAAGACGGAGACCGCAAGCAGGCAGCAGCUUCAAUGGGAGACACAAGGAGCGACGUUGUGAUGAUGGACUGUCAGGCGAGCAGCGACUCCACUGCGGACAAAUUAAAAAAGGACCAACAUCUUAAGAAGGGUGCAAUUCUGGUCGAUGGGGUGGUGUUGAAUGGACCUCUUCUGGACGCAAAAGCUGGUGAGAAGUUCGUUGAAGAUGCAUUCCCAAUCAUCAUGGAAGAGGCUGUAAGGAAAGCAACUGAUGUUAAUGAGAAGGUAUGUGAAUGGCAGCCUCCCGAAGAGCUUAAGAAGCUCCUUGACUUGGAAUUGAGGGAUGCAGGAGAAUCCCAUCACCAACUGUUACAACGAUGUCGGGAUGUUAUCAAGUACAGCGUUAAAACAGGUCAUCCAAGGUUCUAUAACCAGCUGUAUGCGGGAAUGGAUCACUAUUCUCUUGUUGCUCGCUUUAUUACCGAGGCUCUCAAUCCCAGCGUCUACACCUACGAAGUUGCACCAACAUUUGUCCUCAUGGAGGAAGCUGUCCUAAAGAAGAUGAGGGAGCUCAUAGGCUGGUCAGAUGGCGAUGGGAUCUUCAGCCCUGGAGGCUCAGUUUCCAACAUGUAUGCUGUGAAUCUGGCCCGAUACAAGUGCUUUCCAGGGUUAAAGGAGACUGGGUUGGCAGGUGCACCCCGCAUGGCCAUGUUUACGUCUGAGGAGUGUCACUAUUCAGUGAAGAAAGCCGCUGCCUUCCUUGGAAUUGGCACCCGCAAUGUUUACGUGGUGAAGGCGGACAAAAGAGGCAAGAUGAUACCAGAAGAACUGGAGAAGGAAAUUAAAAGAGCCAAGAAAGAAGGGACUUUGCCCUUUAUAGUCAUUGCCACGGCGGGGACAACGGUACUGGGAGCAUUUGACCCUUUGAAUGAGAUUGCAGACAUCUGUGAAACUCAUGGAAUCUGGUUCCACGUUGAUGCAUCGUGGGGAGGCAGUGCACUGAUAUCCAGGAAGCAUCGUUCUCUUUUGAAUGGUAUCCACAGGGCAGAUUCAGUUGCGUGGAAUCCACACAAGAUGCUGAUGGCUGGUAUCCAGUGCUGUGCAUUUCUUCUGAAGGACAACACCGGCUUGAUAGACAAAUGCCACUGUGCCCAGGCCAUGUACCUAUUCCAACAGGAUAAGUUUUACAACGUUGAAUAUGAUAAAGGUGACAAGUCAAUCCAGUGCAGCCGGAGGGCUGAUGCGUUCAAAUUCUGGCUAACUUGGAAGGCUGUUGGGUCAAGUGGACUGGAGGAAAGGGUCAAUCGUGCUUUUGCAUCUGCCAGGUACUUGGCUGAUGAAAUUAAGAAGAGGAAUGAAUUCAGGUUGAUUUUGGAGCCGGAAUACACAAAUGUCUGCUUUUGGUACAUACCACCUAGUCUUAGGGGUGUCCCCAAGGACCAGGAUUUCUGGAAGAAACUUCACAGCGUUGCACCAGUCAUUAAGGAGCGGAUGAUGAAGAAAGGCAGCAUGAUGGUGGGUUAUCAGCCCCAUCGUGACAAAGUCAAUUUCUUUCGUCAAAUCAUCAUCAGCCCCCUUGUCAGCCGUGAGGAUAUGGACUUUAUUCUCAACGAGAUCGACAACCUGGGGAAGGACUUGUAAUUUAGUUUAAGGUGUAGCUGAUAUGUUUACAGUUAUCACGUUUACUAGGAAGUUUAAAAUAUUCAGACUUUAGCUUAGAAAAUGGAUAAGCACUAACUUGUACUGUACUCAAUUUUAGCAUGAACAAAAUUAACCUUCACUCAGCAGAACACAAAUUUACUUUACAGAACAAUGUCGAGGCUUAGUGAAGUAUUUCUGUAUUUAUGUUCAGUUACAGAUAGCUGGUCUUAUACUGUAAGCAUCUUAGCAGACAUAGAGAUGGUGUAUAUCUUUGCCAUCCUGGGUGUGUCUAAACUUAAAGUAAAACCAAACACCUCCAGAGGUUGGCUACUGCUUGUCUAAACAUCUCGCUGCAGCAUUACAUCUUGUCUUGCUCAGCUUCAUUACCAGAAACAAUAGUUAGGUUGCUGGGGCUAUCUUGACUCCAAAUAUCAUUAAAUCUGAAGCAAAGUCAUAAGAAGCUGGCUGGUGGUGUAGUGGCAUCAGCACCUGACUUUGAGGCAAAUGGUCCUGAGUUCAAACCCAGCUGGCUCCUGGCACGCUUUCCAUCUGUGCUGGGUUGAGUGUUGAGCUAGCAACUCAGCCUUGUCAAAAAAAGUCAGAUGCUAGCGGAAAUGGCACAAGGUGCGAAAAGGAACAAGUUGAAAGCUUAAACAUAUAAGCUUGAACUGUAAUUUCUUUCUUGUUGCAGAUACACUUCAAAUUUUAAUUCUCUAGAGUGAUCAAGCUUCAGUGAGAAAACAUUUGGAUUCCGUUUGCUUUUACAUUAAUUUAUAAAGUUAAAUUCCCACCCUAGUUUCGCGACCUGGCAAAUAAGGGUCAAGAAAGAAGAAUUAGGUUUUUCCUUUCCAACUGUGGUAUUUUCCUUCCAGGCUGCAGUUAACAUGGGAGAGGGUGGACAAAGACUAAUUUAUUUUGUUGUACGGUAAAUUCAGGGUGCAAAGCAUCUCCAUCUUCCAUCCUACUACUAAAUUACCACAUAAUUUGGCAGAGGGACAGAAAAUGGCACAAGUCAGGAAAAGCAAUCACUAAUAUUACUGACAUAGGGAAAACAAUUCAUUCAGUCUGAAUGUCUGUUGAGCAUUUGAUAACAUUUUUUAAAAUUGCUGCUUUGCAUAUUGUGCAUUGCUAGUUACAAGACUUACUCUAACCAUGCUAACGUGAUCUGUAUGCUAAAUGGCAGCAAAAGCAAUUAGAGUUCAUUGUGCACAAUAUUAAGUAGUUCAUAAACACAAGAAAUUCUGCAAAUGCAUGAAAUCCAAAACGAUACACACAAAAUGCUGGACCGGGACCGCUCCUCAGGACUAGUUUUGGCCUGAAUUGCCACCUGUCUGUUCAUUUCCAUAGAUGCUGCCUGACCUGCUGAAUCCCUCCAGCAUUUUGUGUGUAUUGAGUAGUCCAGCUGUGUGCAGUUAAUAGGACAUAUAGUUUAGUGCUGUUCUGAUAGCAGAAGCAAACUAAGCUUCAUUUAAUUCUUGCAAUUAUUCCUGCAGUUUAAAAGAUAUUUAAAGUGAGCAAUUUGCUUUGCACAUGUAUAUUUUGAAAGAACAAAGUUUAAAAAAAACUCUUAAAACGGUGACGAUUAUGGUCACCAAGGGCAGAAUUUCAUUUUGUAAGUAACUCCAUCUUGGCUCUCCCCACCACCUAAAGGUACCCAAGUGCCUACCUAGGAAUCUGCAAGUGGUACUAAUGAAGGUUUUGAACUGCAUGCUUUUUACCUAGAAUAUAUAUUUCAAAGCUUUCAAGUAACAUUUUAUGGAAAGACCACUCCAGGCUAACAAUGCUGCUAUGAUAGGUUAUUGAAUUACAAUGUUUGCAUAAUGAUGGUUUCUUCUUUCUGUAGGAUGACAAAAGCCCCUUUUUUUAAAAAAAAGUAGUCUCUAUAUUAAUGUAAUAAGGAGUUUUUGAUUACCUAAGGCUAAGCUACACGUUUUUGAUCUACUAAGAUCAUUAUAAAGGCGUUAGGUUAUACUGAGACAAUUAUUGUUGUGGGGCAGAAGGAAGGUGAUCAAAUAUUCCAGAGGCAAUCUUUCUCUUCGAGCUAGUUUCUGUUUCUGUGUAAAGACUUUCCCAGCUAUUGCAAGGCAGGCUUAGAAAAGACAAGGCCUCACACUGAUUACUUUUGGAAGAGUUCUUUGUUUUGUUUGAACAAUGUUUUUAUUUUCCACAGGCAUUGUUAUUUAUUAUAAUAUAAUGGUUACAUUUUUUUUACAAUAUUUUCCAGAGUGCCGCACUGUUUAUUGUAGAACUGAAAUCUUUAAUGUAGAAAACUGAGUAUAGAGCUCUGGUUAAAAAAAAAGAUUAAUUUAAAAUAAUGUAUUUGCUGUCUGGUAACUUAAACAGUGUAAAAUUUUACGAGUGUCAUGUGCAGAAUUUGUUCUAUAAACAUAAUUAUCAUUUCUGAGAAUCCUGGUCUGAGGCAGCUGAUUCCCUGCCCCACAGACAUCCAGUUCCACGCUUCCUGACAGGAUUUUCCUUGUAUGUACAACAGUCAGCACUCCAGGGAAACGAUGUUGUGAGGAUGGGGCUGUUGUUUGUGUGGUUCAAAGCACAAAUAUGGCCACCAGUGUAAAAUCAGAAUGGAUGUUGCUAAAUUUAUCAAAAAAGAUUCUUACUAAAUAAAGAGAAGUGUCAAAAUACGAUACUAAGAUUAAUAACUAGGAAAAGUAGUUUGAAUGAAUACAGUACGUCCAACGGUAGGUUCGUCAGUGGACAAAGAUACAAAGGCUUGAGGUGCAAUCUAUGCAACAUGGAAAAAGAAAGUCAGUAGCUGGAGAAAUUACUGUAAUGUUAACAAGGUGCUUCAGCUUCACUAAUGUUUGCUGUGUCUGGUCUGGCUUAAACAAGACUCCUCUUCCCCUCGGAUGCCUCAGUCCCCUCGGAAGCAGUCUGGUCAGCCAUUCAGUGUUAAUUAUAUAUGGCAGACACUGGAAAUCUGAAACUGAAACUGAAAAUGCUGGGGCUACUCGGCAGGGAAGGCAGCAUUUGUGAAAGAAACUUAAUGUUUUAGAUCAGUGAUACUUCAUCAGCCACAUUUCCAAUGGGAGGUACUGAAUCUUAAAUUUUAGCCUUGUUGCUCUGCCUACGGAUGCUGGCUAACUCACUGAUUAUAGAGUCAUAGAGAAGCACAGCACAGAAACAGGCCCUUCGGCCCAUUGAGUCCAUGCCAAAACUAUUUAGACUGCCUACUCUAACUGACCUUCGUUGGAACCAUAGCCCUCCAUACCCUUACCAUCCAAGCACCUAUCCAAACUUCUCUUUAACAUUGAAACCCAGCUCACAUUCACCCCUUGCACUGGCAGCUCAUUCCACAAUCCCUUCAUGUUCCCUUCAGUUUCCCUUCAUGUUCCCUUUAAACUUUUCACCUUUCAUCCUUAACCCAUGACCUGUAGUUGUAGUCCCACCCAACCUCAGUGGAAAAAGCCUGCUUGCAUUUGCCCUAUUUAUAUCCCUCAUAAUUUUGUAUGCCUUUAUCAAAUCUCCUCUCAAUCUUCUCCACAGUCCUGACCUAUUCAAUCCUUCUUUACAACUCAGGUCGUCCAUUUGGGGGUUGCUGGGUGGUGCAAUGCCAACUGGAAGGGCCUAUUUCCACACUGUAUCUCUAAAAUAAAUUUAAAAGGACACUCUUCAUUGAUCUAAUUUCCUGGAUCCACAAUCUUUCAGACACUAAGUUAAAACUUUGUUGGGUAUUUUAAAUCUGGUUUUAACAUUCCUGUAAUACUUUGCUCCAAAACACUAAUUCAGAAUAGUUUGCAUUGGAGAUACUACCUUUGGAUUUCUGUGACAAUCAAUAGACUCUCUUCAAGUCUUGCAGCUGCUGUAUUGAAGAGGCUGGAGAAACUUCAUUUUGGCUUGAAAAGGAACAAGCAAAGCAGGAUAACAGUGGGAAAGAUAGUGAUAUUUGGAAGAUAACAAUCUCCAUUAGUAACUAAAUACACAACAACCCAUUUUUCCCACACAAAAUUAUUCUGUCGCUGUUCAUUGACUGACAUGUUGUUUUUGUUAAGAUGUGAGAUUGUGACUACUGCUGGAUGGUUUGCACAUGAGGAUUCAUUGUAAUAAAAUAGCUAUCUGCAUAUUCAUAGUAUUGAGGCAAAAGACAAAUCAGUCACCCAUAUUUUUUUCUUUUUCCUGGUAAAUAUAAUUGAUAAUAUUUUGACAGAGCACUGAUUAAUCCGUUAAGCACUUGUUGAUCUACAUUCUUUUCAUUAGUUGGAUGAUUUCUAAUCAUUCUUUGUUAAAAUUUUAACUAAGAUCUGAAGAACAUCUUCUGUCACUCCAUUCAAAUUCCAGUAAGGAAAUUUCCUUUGGUCCCACAGUGUCUUUUCAUUUUCCAACUGGCCAGGAAGUAAGUGUGGACAGCAGGUUGGGGAAGUGAUUAGGUCAGCCAGUGACAGAUGUAUGAGCAGUUUGCAAAAGGUGGCCAUGCAGAUCUACCUUCGUAAUUAAAUGUCAGCUGAGGUGGCCUCAUCCAAUCGGGUCAGACAUUUUGCGCUGUUGUCCACCUCCUAAUGAGCAAUGUUGUUUUUAAAACUUGGAGAAGUUACCAAUCGAGCAAAUACAAACCUGAGCACUUAUUUUAUAGAAAGUCGUGUUGAUUUCUUUAAUGCUUCAAGUGUAUAGUGUGCUGCUUUUACAGUGAGGUGUUGUCAAUGCAAAAUACAUCUGCCAGUGUACAACACUGCCCCUGAAAGCAAAACUGUUUCUGUUAACUGAAGAAAUGUUGCAGUGCUGUUAUCUUUCUAGUAUAAUUCAAUUCUCCGCAACAUGGUGCUUCUCUAGUGAAAUACCAAGAGUAAAGAUUUACCAUGGAUUUACUAGCUGGAGUGAGUUUUUUGCUCUCUUUUACGUAACGCAACUUUGUGGGUGUUCUGGACCAUUUAAAUUUAAAAUAGAACCAGUACAUCAAACUGUCGCUGAAAUUAGACUUUUUUUUUAUAUAUUCAACGUAUUGAGCUAAAUAUACUUGAAUUAGAUAAGGUGAUAACUUACGUUUUAAUGUCAAAUGAAAGGCAAAAUUCUGUAUUUAACGUAGUGAAAUAAAAGUUGCAAACCAAA